CUUCCCGAAUAUUGAGGCAAUAAAUGAUGCAAGAGCUGUUGUUGAAAACAGUGCAAUAUGAAAAUAAUGCACGUGGAGAAUGAAUCCCAGUAAGUAUGACAUCACUCAGGUGAAAAUAUCAUCAGACAUGAAACAUAUACCUCAUGUUUCAAUACUGCUAAAUCUUCAACAGUGAGUGUAACAACGACCGGCACCAGGGACUUGUGGAAAUCAACCGACAGCGCACGCUCUACAAUGGCUAGCAUAGUAAAGAGAGUCAUAUAGAUUCCUCAUGAAUACGGUGACGUUUUCGGGUCGUGUGAAGGACAGCAAAGCAUCAUGGAUGUUUUUGAGUGUGUCAUGCUUCGUUAUUUUAAUGACUAUUGGAACACUUGACUCUUUCACUGUUCUUGUAAUCGUCUUUAUGGACCAUUAUGAAGCGUCCAAAGCAAAGAUAGGUUGGCUGGGUUCAAUUGCCUUUUCUCUAGUUUCUAUCUCUUAUCCCGUUGUUGUCUUUCUCGGCCGUCGUUUUGGAUCCCAAGGUGUACUAAUCAUUUCGGGAAUUUUAAUCACAACCAGUUACAUCGUGACACCUUUCAUGCCUUCAGUGAACUAUUUAUACUUCACUUACUGUUUUGGAGUUGGUUUUGCCGCCAGCUGUGUUGACUGUCUGUCUGUCGUUAUUUUACCUGAAUUUUUCGACAAACACCUCGGUCUGGCAACUGGCAUCCGCUUGUCAAGUAUUGCUGCUGCUUCUAUAUUGUUCAAUUUUAUGGUUCCAAUAUUCGUUGUCGAGAUAGGCUGGCAAAAACUGUUUUAUUGUUUCUCUUCGGUGGGACUAUUACUGAUCAUGUAUUCAUUUUUGUUUCGGAUAAAGCACCCGGUGCACGAUGUACCAUCGAAUGAAGUGGAAGAAAAAGAGACAUAUUCGGUAUGCGGUGAAAAGCUCACUAUCAAAGAGAGAAUUUUACAUGAUCGUGGAUUUCAGCUGAUUGUUUUUGGUUGUGUCCCAUAUUUGUUUGCAAUUUUGGUGCCAGCAAUGUUUAUGGUGGCUUAUGCUAAAUCUCUCGGCUAUCCUCUAUCGCAAUCCAAAUGGCUGAUCGUCGCACGUGGAAUUGGCUCACUAGCAGGACGACUCGCGAUGGGGUACAUCGGAGAUUUUGCAACAAAACGCCGUAUUAUCGUUCAUAUUGCCUGUGCAAUCGUCGCUAUUUUUGGUCUAGCUUGUGGUCUAUGCUCCUUCACGAAAUAUCUGCCUCUUAUGAUACUGUUCAUGGCUUUUACGGGUAUUUUGGAGGGAAUGUUCUUUGUUCUUAUUCCGUUAAUGUCGAACGAGCUAACUGGUGGUGUAAAUGCUGACUAUGGAUUUUCUUUCAUCACUUUUCUAGUUGGUAUUGGCUUUUUAACUGGGCCUUCAUUGAUGGGUAAAAGUCAGGUGUACGAUGCAACAGGAAACUUUCGUGACGUCCUCUACAUUCUGUGCGCAUGCGGAGUGUUAUCCGCCAUCACUGUAGCAAUGGGUAUUCACGUCAGGGCAAGGAAGACAAUAGAGCGAAAAACAUCAUUCGCUGAAAAAGGCACCAUUGAAAUGUCAAAAGAGAAAAAUUUUGAUCAUUUGAGUUUGUCUAUGGAUAAACAGCCAACAAAAACUGCUAUUCUUGACGACAUGAGAAUUGCAAAUGAAUGCGAAACUACUUGAUGGGAAUAAACAUGUGCAGUUCUUCUCCGAACGAACACAGCUUUUAUUCUUUAUAGUUUGUACCAUCCAGUAAUAAUUUCGAUGCAUAUAGUUAAUUUAAUCUAGCCCGAUCUUUUACUCCCACAAUGCAACUUUUUUAAAAAAAUUGUUAGGCAUGUCUUUAAAAAGCUAUUUCAAUUGAUUAUUUUUUUCACCAAAUGAAACUGCAAAAUAUUUCAUUCUAGGAGUAAAACAGGAACUGGCUUUGCUACUGAUUUGUUUUUAAUUUAUCUGUUUCGCAUUAAGGUUGGUUUAUAAAAGAAACAAAAGAUGAUUUUCGUGUUCUCACCAUUGGUUUGCACUGGCUUAUGAAAACAUUGGAGACGUUUGGCACUGAUCUGCUCUCGAAUUUUCCAAAACUUCUCCUCCGCUUACAUUAAACUGGGAACAAGAAGAACAUCGUUAUUUUUUAAAUGACUUUCACGCAAUACGCUUAUUUUCUUCGCAGAGAAGGAAUAUAAUGUUCAUAAAACUUUAGCUGCAUGACUGAAUCAUUAACUGAAUAAAAUAUUUCUAUAUAAAAAAUUGAAUGAUUGAUCGCUUGAAACCGAAGUAUCUUUAUUAUAAAUAAAAGAAUCGCUUUUA